CCACGACCCUUAUAGCCCAACCCACCCAUCAAAAUCUCAACACACACAAAAUUAAUAAAACCCACCCAAAUUAAACCAAGUAAUUCUCUUUAUCCCACAAAAUUAUGGCAAUCAAUAGAAGCAAGCUACUAUGAUCUUAAUAAAAAGAACAAAACCCAAAUCAAAAAUUUCAAAACUUGCAAAAAAAUUCAGCAGUAAAUGAAUGAAAAACAACAAGAAACAAAAAAUUGCAAAUAAUGGGGAACAAAAUUGCAAGAACAACACAAGCUUCAGCAACAGAGUAUUAUCUUCAUGAUCUUCCUUCAUCUUACAAUUUAGUUCUUAAAGAAGUACUUGGGCGUGGUCGUUUUUUCAAAUCUAUCCAAUGUAAACAUGAUGAAGGACUUGUUCUUGUUAAAGUUUACUUCAAAAGAGGCGAUCAAGUCGACUUAAGAGAGUAUGAAAAACGCCUUUUUUAUAUUCGAGAUACUUUUCGUUCAAUUCAACAUCCUCAUGUUUGGCCUUUUCAGUUUUGGCUGGAGACGGACAAAGCGGCUUAUCUGCUCAGGCAGCAUUUCUUCAAUAAUCUCCAUGAUCGGCUUAGUACGAGGCCUUUUCUUAGCCUUGUUGAGAAGAAGUGGCUCGCUUUUCAGCUUUUAUGUGCAGUGAAGCAGAGUCAUGAGCAUGGGAUUUGUCAUGGUGAUAUUAAGUGUGAGAAUGUGUUGGUUACUUCCUGGAAUUGGGUUUACCUGGCCGACUUUGCGUCAUUUAAACCAACGUACAUUCCUGAUGAUGAUCCAUCUGAUUUCUCUUUCUUCUUUGACACUGGAGGAAGAAGGCUUUGUUAUCUUGCACCUGAGAGAUUUUAUGAGCAUGGAGACGAUAUGCCAAUUGCACCUGAUGCGCUGCUUAAACCAUCUAUGGAUAUCUUCGCAGUGGGGUGCGUGAUAGCAGAACUUUUCUUGGAGGGCCAUCCACUAUUUGAACUUUCUCAGCUUCUUUCUUACCGAAGAGGGCAAUAUGAUCCCAGCCAGCAUCUUGAGAAGAUCCCUGAUCCAGGAGUGCGCAAGAUGAUCCUCCACAUGAUUCAGUUGAAUCCCGAUGAAAGACUAUCUGCUGAAGGUUAUCUGCAGAGUUAUGCUGGCAUAGUGUUUCCCAACUAUUUUUCACCGUUUCUGCACAAGUUCUAUUCAUGUUUGAACGCUCUUGAUUCUGAUACAAGGGUUUUAAUGUGCCAAAGUGCUUUCCACGAAAUAGUUAAGCAAAUGACAGGUAGUGAAUUUAGUAUUGGGACAAGUGAAGGCCUUGGUGUACCAUUCAACAAUUCUGCUAGUAAGACAUCCCAACAAAUGGUCUCAAAACAAGUGCACAACUAUCCCAAUGGCUCUUUGAAGAAAGAUCUCCUAACAAGAGGCUUAGCUAAUGAGCAGUUUGAACUUCUUGGUGAUUUAAGCGCCUUACUCAGGGACGUGGAUCACUCAAAUCAUUUUUCUACUGAUAAAAUGAACCAGGAGGAUACAUCUAAAAUUAAAUUUUUGCAAAGUCAGGAGGUUUACAGCUUGCAAUCUCCUAAUCUGCUUCAAAAUAUUUCUGAUGUGUUUAGGAGACGAGAACAUGCCUUUUUGAAGAAGAUCACUAUUGAUGACUUGAAAUUAUUGAUGUCUGAGUAUGAUAAUGAAUCAGAUACUUAUCGCAUGCCCUUUCUCCAGCUACCUCCUGAUGAUAUGAGUUGCGAAGGUAUGGUCCUUAUUGCUUCUCUGCUAUGCUCGUGCAUACGAAAUGUCAAGUUUCCUCAGCUGCGGCGUUGCUGUAUACUCUUGUUGAAGUAUUCUUCUAUAUAUAUUGACGAUGAAGCUCGACUCCAGCGUGUGCUCCCAUACGUUAUUGCUAUGCUUUCUGACCCAGCUGCCAUUGUACGCUGUGCUGCCUUAGAGACUUUGUGCGAUAUUUUGCCAUUAGUUCGUGAAUUUCCUCCAAGUGAUGCUAAAAUUUUUCCUGAAUACAUUCUUCCCAUGCUUUCUAUGCUUCCCGAUGAUCCUGAGGAAAGUGUGCGUAUUUGUUAUGCUAGCAAUAUAUCCAAGCUUGCAUUAACAUCCUAUGGAUUUUUAGUUCACUCAAUAAGAUUGAGUGAGGCAGGUAUGUUAGAUGAACUAAGUGGCCCGCAGAAGUCGCUGGCACCAUCCACUGAUAAUGGACAGGCACUCAAAGUUUAUAGCAAUGCCCAACUUGCUCAUCUGAGAAAAUCCAUAGCUGAGGUUGUUCAGGAACUUGUAAUGGGUCCGAAGCAAACUCCAAAUAUUAGGAGAGCACUUUUGCAGGAUAUUGCUGGUUUGUGCUGCUUCUUUGGCCAAAGACAGAGCAAUGAUUUUCUGUUGCCCAUCCUUCCUGCUUUUCUGAAUGACCGUGAUGAGCAGCUGAGAACAGUUUUCUAUGGGCAGAUUGUGUAUGUUUGCUUCUUUGUGGGUCAAAGAAGUGUUGAGGAAUACCUUUCACCGUACAUUGAGCAGGCUUUGAGUGAUACAACCGAAGGUGUUAUAGCGAAUACUCUGGAUUGUUUAACUGUACUGUGUAACAGUGGUUUCUUACGGAAAAGAGUGCUGCUUGAAAUGAUACAACACGCAUUUCCCUUGAUGUGUUAUCCCAGUCAAUGGGUUAGGAGGUCAGUUGCAUCCUUCAUUGCUGCAAGUAGCGAGAGUUUAGGAGCUGUCGACUCUUAUGUCUUUUUAGCACCAGUUGUUCGCCCUUUUUUGCGCAGACAGCCAGCUUCGUUAGCUUCAGAAAAGGCUCUUCUUUCAUGUCUAAAGCCUCCUGUUUCUAGACAGGUAUUCUACCAAGUCUUAGAAAAUGCGCGGGGCUCAGACAUGCUGGAGAGACAGAGGAAAAUAUGGUACAAUACAUCAACGCAGCCUAAACAUUGGGAAGCUGUUGAUUUAAAACAAAACGAGGAGUUGCUAUCCUUGGACAAUUGGCCGGAAACUGCGCAAGAACUGGAGGAUCAGAAUAUUGGGGGACUUUCUGCGGACCACAUAGAGACAAUGGAAAGCGACAGUACUGAGGCUAAAUUAAGAGCUUUGAGGGGUUAUAUUCACAAUUCUUCUAGUACAAUUGAUAUUAGGGAUCAUCUUUCAUCAGAAAAGCUACAGUUUUCUGGCUUGAUUUCUCCUCAGCUUAAUAGUAUUAAUAGCUUCCAGCAUGAAAACUCAUCUGAAAACAUACCUUUGUACUCGUUCUCCCUAGACAGAAGAGCUUUGGGGAAUCCUCAAGCAGCAUCGGACACUUCAUUGCAACCCAACUUACUAGGACUAGGUUCAUCUACCACGCCUUGGAUGGAUUCAGUGAACAAACCAUUUGGCAUGGCCAGUUCAGUCCCAGCCCCAAGACUUAUCUCAGGCUCAUAUAGCUUUGCUAACGGGACUAAACAGUUCCAUAGAGUGGUACAUGAACCUGAUUCCAGGGAAAGCGACCAAGCAUCCUAUAUGAGUAGCAAAUUUCAAGAUUUGGCAGUUUCUAGCAGUAGCAGUACAAAAGGAAGCGCAACUUCUGUUGAGGAUGUUCCAUCCUCGAGUGACGGAGCUGGAUCACCAUCUGUGUCUUGGACUUCAGCACUUCCUGACUCUGGGUGGAAACCUCGUGGAGUGUUGGUUGCUCAUCUUCAGGAACAUCGCUCUGCAGUCAACGACAUCGCAGUUUCCACUGACCACAGUUUUUUUGUGAGUGCAUCUGAUGAUUCAACUGUGAGGGUUUGGGAUUCAAGGAAGUUAGAAAAGGAUAUAUCAUUUAGGUCCAGAUUGACUUAUCCGUUGGAGGGAAGCCGGGCAUUGUGCACAACAAUGAUUCGUGGUUCUACACAAGUUGUUGUUGGUGCAUGUGAUGGCAGAAUUCACAUGUUCUCUGUGGAUUAUAUUUCCAGAGGACUUGGCAAUGUUAUUGAGAAGUACUCGGGCGUUGCUGAUGUUAAGAAGAAGGAAGUUGGAGAAGGUGCAAUCCUCAGCGUUGUCAACUACUCUGCCGAGGCCUCUUCAAGUCAUUUGGUCAUGUACAGCACUCAGAAUUAUGGCAUUCAUCUUUGGGACACCAGGGCUAAUACUGAUUCUUGGACAUUGAAAUCUCAGCCUGAAGAGGGUUAUAUCUCCACUUUGGUGACAGAUCCAUGUGGAAAUUGGUUCAUAUCAGGAUCUUCCAGGGGUGUGUUGACCCUAUGGGAUCUUAGGUUUCGCAUACCGGUCAACUCAUGGGAGUAUCCACGUCCAUGCCCUAUAGAGAACAUGUGUCUCUAUGUUCCUUUACCACAUACACCUUUCUCUGCCAUGGGUAGGCCUCUUGUCUAUGUUGCUGCUGGCUGUAAUGAAGUUUCUCUUUGGAAUGCAGAAACUGGAAGCUGCCAUCAGGUAUUCCGAGUGCCAGGUAAUGACGGUGAUGCUGAGUUUUCUGAGUUGCCUUGGGCAUUGGCAAGACCUCAAAACAAGGCAAAUCCUAAAUCAGACCCUAGACGAAAUGUCAACCUAAAAUACCGAGUUGAUGAGUUGAAUGAACCUCCACCUCGUCUCUCUGGUAUCCGAUCAUUACUUCCUCUACCCGGGGGAGACUUGUUAACUGCCGGAUCUGACUUAAAGAUACGCAGAUGGGACCAUAGCAGACCCGAGCGUAGUUACUGUGUCUGUGGGCCCACUGUUAAAGGCCUCGGAAACGAUGAACUCUACGAAAGCAAAUCUAGCUUUGGUGUGCAGGUUGUGCAGGAGAUGAGGAAACGACCUCUUACUACGAAAUUAACAACAAAAGCAGUUCUUGCAGCAGCUGCUACCGAUCCUGCUGGUUGCCAUCGUGACUCAAUUCUCUCGCUUGCUUCCGUUAAAUUGAAUCAGAGAUUGUUGUUAUCAAGCAGUAGAGAUGGUGCAAUUAAAGUCUGGAAGUGAAAGGGAGAUCUUAUUGCUGGGGUAGUUACUUUUUUCUUUUGUGGGUUGUGAAUAGUAGGUGCAAAAACUGUAGAUUCUUGUAAAUUACAUAAUACAUAUGGUAGGGUCUUUUUAUUACAAUCUUUUGUAUAGCCUGUAAAGAUGCAGGAUCAUUUGAAUUGUGGUACUGUAAUCUGGUUUAUUAUAGGGAUAGUUCUAAUUUACUUGCCUCCUCCACAACUUAAAUCGUAGCUGUUAUCAUUACUUAAUACACCCUCUGUUUUCUUAUCGUUCUCA